AUGUGGAGAAUUAAGUGUAAUGUUACCACCAGCUCUAGAAAUGGCAAUUUCAUGCAUAAGCAACGCAAAGCAAUGACGAUGGUGUUACAUGUGUUGAUUCUCCAGUCAUUUUCUAUCAGCUUUGGGAUCAUGGGAAGCCAUAUGAGCAAGAAGCCUGGGGAAACUUCGAGUUCGAUCAACAAUCUGCAAUGCGCAACUGAUCUGAAUUCUUAUGAAGCCGCGUGCAGGGUCGACAAAGAUUUACAGUCCUUUGAUAAUACUCUCCAAGCGCGAACCAACAACGUUAUCAAUGCUCUUGCUGUCGGGGUUGAGGUUAGAGCCCUGUCGUUUGAUUCCUUGAAGGAAAUCACAGAAUGUCUGUUGGAGAUGAAUCAGGAGGUUGUUAAAGUUAUCUUGGAUUGUAAGGAAGACAUAUGGACGAAUCACGAAUUAUUCGAGCUAGUUGAGGAGUACUUUGAGAAUAGCCUCAAGAUUCUAGACUUCUGUACUGCAUUGGAGAAGUGCUUAAAGCGCGCUCGUGAUAGUCAAUUGCUUAUUCUUGUGGCACUUCAACAAUUUGAAGAAGAAGACAAGGUGGAAGGGAAUAAUAAGUACACUAAGACAUUGGAGGAGCUGAAGAUUUUCAAGAAUGCUGGUGACCCUUUCACCGAAGAAUUCUUCCAAAUUUUUCAAUCUGUUUACAGGCAGCAAAUUCACAUGUUAGAAAAGUUGCAAAUGCAUAAGGGCAAGCUUGAUAGGAAGCUUAAAUCUAUCCAUGCUUGGAGAAAGGUCUCAACCGUUAUAUUUGCAGCUACAUUCGCGGCUGUUCUAAUUUGCUCAGUGGUGGCUGCAGCCGUGGCUGCACCACCUGUGGCUGCUGCUCUUGCCGCUGCAACUUCCAUUCCAUUAGGAUCAAUGGGAAAGUGGAUUGAUUCCCUUAUGAAGAACUAUGAAGAUGCGGUCAAAGCACAGAAAGACAUCCUUACCUCUAUUAAUGUGGGCACUUACAUAACUAUUAAGGAUUUGGACAGCAUCAGGGUUCUAAUUGAUCGUUUGGAAAUCGAGAUUGAAUCUCUCUUGAAAAAUGUCGACUUCGCAAUCAAUGAAGAAGCUGUACAAUUUGCUGUGGAAGAGAUCAAGAAAAAACUAGAUUUGUUCAUGAAGAAUAUCGAGGAUUUAGGGGUUCAAGCUGAUGUUUUUAGUCGGGAUAUUCGCAGGGCUCGGACUGUCAUUCUGCAAAGGAUAAUAAAACAUCCCAACCAUUGA